AUGUCACUCAAUUUAUCUUUUCUCAUACCCUUUUUAAUCGCUAUAAUAAUCUUAGAAACAAGAGCACAAACCCGACCACCUAAUCAAAUCACGCCACCUCCAACGACCCCACAAGCCGGAGGACCUUCAACCCUACAAAGACCUCAACCAGGAAACAAUCCUCAAUCACAACAAACUUUUACCAAUAAUCCAGCAUCAGCAUCAUCCACAACUCCAGUUGCAACAAACCUGAAUCCAGGUUUAGAGGGAGUGAACUCUUUAACAGAUCCUGAUGGUACUCUUAAAGCUACUGUUCAAGCAGUUAGUCGUGAAUACAAUCAAAUGACUGAAUUAGUUAAACAAUUUAGGAUCGCAGCUUUUAUUCCAUUAUCAAGUCAACAAACACUAGCACAAGAAAGUUUUUUGGAAAGUUUAAGUCCUGAACAAAGGGUGAUAUUUGAUAAUCACGUAAAGUACCUCAUCUUAACACCAACUCAAAGAGCAAAAGAACGAGACUUUAUGUCAAGUUUUGUAACACCAAAAGUUAAAGUAGCAAACCAAGCUGGAUUUGACGCAGUUAAACGAGAUCUUUUACCAGAAGCACAAAGAGAUUUCGAUCCAGCCGAAGGAAUGAAAAAUAUGGGUCUCACAACUGACCAACAACGUAGGUUUAGGAAUGGAGUUCAAAGGUAUUUAGCAAACCCAAGUGCCAGACUUGAAGCUGAACAAGCUACAAUGCCUUCAAAUGCUCAACGUAGAUUACUAUCUAAUAGUUCAUCCAAUUUGGUUCCUCUACUUACCUUGUCGAUUACUUUUCUAAGUUGUUUUAUCAUCUUGUCUUGA